CACCUCCACAGUUUGUGGUAAGGCCACGUGAUCAGAUUGUUGCCCAAGGAAGAACAGUAACAUUUCCAUGUGAAACUAAAGGAAAUCCUCAGCCAGCAGUGUUUUGGCAAAAAGAAGGCAGCCAGAAUCUUCUCUUUCCAAAUCAGCCUCUGCAGCCCAACACCAGGUAUUCUGUGUCACCAACUGGGGAUCUUACUAUUACAAAUAUUCAGCGGGCUGAUGCAGGAUAUUACAUCUGUCAAGCACUCACUGUUGCUGGAAGUAUCUUAGCAAAGGCUCAGUUGGAAGUUACAGAUGUUUUAACAGAUAGGCCUCCACCCAUCAUUCUCCAGGGACCUGUGAACCAGACAUUGGCAGUAGAUGGAACAGCUUUACUGAAGUGCAAGGCUACUGGUGACCCAAUGCCUGUUAUCAGCUGGUUAAAAGAAGGAUUUACUUUUCUCGGCAGAGAUCCAAGGACAUCUAUACAUGAUCAAGGAACUUUGCAAAUUAAACCUUUACGGAUAUCCGACACAGGCACAUACACUUGUGUUGCCACAAGUUCAAGUGGGGAAACAUCUUGGAGUGCUGUGCUGGAUGUCACAGAAUUUGGGGGAGCAACAGUCAGCAAAAAUUAUGAUUUAAAUGAUCUUCCUGGGCCACCAUCCAAACCUCAGGUCACUGAUGUCACUAAGAACAGUGUCACCUUGUCUUGGCAGCCAGGCACACCUGGGAACUUACCAACAAGUGCAUAUAUCAUUGAGGCUUUUAGCCAAUUGGUGAGCAAUAGCUGGCAAACAGUGGCUAACCAUGUUAGAACAACUCCUUAUACUGUGAGAGGACUCCGUCCAAAUACCAUCUACCUGUUUAUGGUGAGAGCUAUCAAUUCACAAGGGUUGAGUGAUCCCAGCACCAUGUCAGAUCCUGUCCGAACCCAAGAUAUCAGUCCACCAGCACAAGGUGUGGAUCACAGACAGGUCCAAAAAGAGCUUGGUGAUGUAAUUGUGCGGCUACAUAAUCCUGUUGUGCUCACCCCUACCACAAUUCAAGUGACCUGGACGGUUGAUCGUCAAUCCCAGUUCAUUCAGGGUUAUAGAGUUAUGUAUCGACAAACAUCAGGCCUGACUUCCCCUUCUGCAUGGCAGACUAUGGAAGUCAAUGUUCCCACAGAACGGAGUGCUAUCCUUAUCAAUUUGAAAAAAGGGGUUACAUAUGACUUCAAAGUUCGACCAUAUUUCAAUGAAUUUCAAGGGAUGGACAGUGAAUCAAAAUCUGCACGUACCACUGAGGAAGCUCCUAGUGCCCCUCCACAAUCUGUUACAGUUCUGACUGUUGGAAACCACAAUAGCACCAGUAUCAGUAUUUCCUGGGAUCCACCACCUCCAGAUCACCAAAAUGGAAUCAUUCAAGAAUAUAAGAUAUGGUGCUUGGGUAAUGAAACAAAAUUUCAUAUCAACAAGACUGUCGAUGCAGCCAUUCGAUCUGUAGUUAUUGGAGGCCUAUAUCCAGGUAUUCAGUACAGAGUGGAAGUUGCAGCAAGUACCAGUGCUGGCACUGGAGUUAAAAGUGAACCACAACCUAUAAUAAUUGGAGGCCGUAAUGAAGUCAUCAUCACUGAAAACAACAAUAGCAUAACAGAACAAAUUACAGAUGUUGUCAAACAACCUGCCUUUAUCGCUGGAAUUGGUGGUGCAUGCUGGGUAAUACUCAUGGGUUUCAGUAUCUGGCUCUAUUGGCGCAGAAAGAAGAGAAAGGGCCUUAGCAAUUAUGCAGUUCAGUCCUUCACCUUCACCCCUGCAGUCACUUUUCAAAGAGGAGAUGGAGGACUUAUGAGCAACGGAAGUCGUCCAGGCCUGUUAAAUGCAAGUGACCCAAGUUAUCCUUGGCUUGCGGAUUCUUGGCCCGCCACCAGCCUGCCAGUUAACAACAGUACCAAUGGACCAAGUGAUCUUGGGAAUUUCAGUCGUGGAGAUGUGCUACCUCCAAUGCCAGGGGAUAAAACUGCCACAAUGCUUUCUGAUGGAGCCAUUUAUAGCAGCAUUGACUUCAGUACCAAAACUAGCUACAACAGUUCCAGCCAAAUAACACAAGCUACUCCAUAUGCCACAACACAAAUACUGCAUUCCAACAGCAUCCAUGAAUUGGCAGUUGAUUUACCGGAUCCUCAGUGGAAAAGUUCAAUUCAGCAAAAAAGUGAUUUAAUGGGAUUUGGUUACUCUCUCCCAGAUCAGAGCAAAGGCAACAAUGCCUUACUUUACAUCCCUGACUACCGAUUGGCUGAGGGAUUGUCUAAUAGAAUGCCACACAACCAGUCACAAGAUUUCAGCACCACCAGCUCUCACAACAGCUCAGAAAGGAGUGACAGCCUCUCAGGAUAUCUGACUUCACAACGGUACAGCAGUGAUGGUUGGUGUACACCUUUACCAGUCCAGACAUAUUUGCAUCAGGGAAUGGAAGAUGAACUUGAAGAAGAUGACAGAGUUCCUACACCUCCUGUCCGAGGAGUGGCUUCUUCCCCUGCAAUUUCCUUUGGACAGCAGUCCACUGCAACAUUAACUCCCUCUCCAAGAGAAGAAAUGCAACCUAUGCUUCAGGCGCAUCUUGAUGAGCUGACCAGGGCAUAUCAGUUUGAUGUAGCAAAGCAAGCAUGGUAAACGCGAACAUUAUCAACAUUUAAAUCCCACGCAAGUGGAUGA